AUGUCCAAGGCUCGCACUGCCCUGGAGGAGAUGGGUGACAAGGGAGCGUUCAAGCGCCAGGAAUCGGUGUUCCGGAACCAGGUCGCCAAAGGCUCCCGUUUCGAGCCGGAAGCUGGGCGGUACCACCUGUAUGUCAGCCUGGCCUGCCCUUGGGCCAGCCGGUGCGUGGCUGGCCUGUACCUCAAGGGCCUGGAGGAGAGCAUCGGCCUGAGCGUGACGCACCCCACCUGGCAGCGGACUCGCCCCGACUCUCCUGACGACACCCAUGCGGGCUGGACCUUUGCGAGCCCGGGGGACGCCCCCUUCACCCCCGUCUCCGGCCAUGGGUCCGUGGACUGUGCGGGCUGUGUGCCCGACCCACACUACCAUGCCAAGAACGUGAGGCAGCUGUAUGAGCUCGCAGAGGACACAUUUGGAAAGUACACGGUGCCCAUUCUGUGGGACACCAAGGAGAAGACAAUUGUCAACAACGAGUCCUCCGAAAUCUUGCGCAUCUUCAACUCGGCGUUUAAUGAUGUUGCCACCAAGCCAGAGCUGGAUCUGUACCCAGAGGACCUGCGCGCCAAGAUUGAUGAGGUGAAUGACUGGGUGUACACCUACAUCAACAACGGCGUGUAUCGGUGUGGCUUUGCCACCAGCCAGGAGGCGUACGAGGAGGCUUUCAGGGGCCUGUUUGAGCACCUCGACAAGGCCGAGGCGCUGCUCUCGAAGCAGCGCUACCUGGCCGGCGAUCGUUUCACCGAGGCCGACCUCCGCCUCUUCGUCACCCUCAUCCGAUUCGACGAGGUGUAUGUGGUGUACUUCAAGACGAACAAGAAGGCCAUUCACGAGUACCCCAACCUUUGCAACCACACGCGCGAUGUCUUCCAGAUCCCAGGCGAGGUCUAG